AUGGAUCUAGAUUUCGGAAAAAACAAUAUUCUUAGACGUGAAGCAUCAAAAGUGCUUAAAAUCUCAUGGAUCAUUGUCAUAUCUGUGUCUGUAUGGGGUUUGGGAUAUUAUGUGAGUGAAAAUUACAUAAAAUUAAGAAUCGAUCCUGAAGUUUUAGUCAAGGCAAGAUAUGUAAACAGCCGAACGAUUCCAUUUCCUGCUGUGACUAUAUGUCCACCGCAUACAAUUAGCAUGAAAUAUUUAAAUUUUACAAAGUUCUUUGUGGAUGUUAAAUUUAAUAAGACAACAAAAUUAAUUGAUCGAAAAUUAUCAAUAGCAUCAAGUCACGUAUGUAAUAAGAUUUACAAUGGAAUGCUGCAUUUUUUUCGGAACAGCACUUUUGAUGAUGACAACAUUGUGAAGCUUUUCGACAAUUUUUCCCCACAAAUGAAAGAUAUUUUUGGGAGUUGUGUUGUGUCCUAUGAUAUUGAAUGUAGAAAGGUUUUGAUCCAUUCCUUAACAUUUCUUGGAAACUGCUUUACCUUUAAUUUGCUUGGUUAUCAUUCUAUAUUUAAUUCGAGCAUUAGUGCUGAUUUUGAUAGAUAUAAACGAAAAAGUAUCACAAAAUCAUGGAACCCAAAAGCUAAGGUCGAAUAUCAUAAUGAUGCGUCAGCUUUAGAACCUUCAAAUUGGACAAUCCAUGAUGGUUAUUCUACAGACGAAGAUUGGGUUCAACCGCUUAGAGCAGCAGGAUUACAAUUUUUUCAAGCAGACGCUAAAGUCAAAAAUGUUGAAUUUGAUAAUUUUUGUCCUAAUAAUUUCCAAUCAUAUCGAGUCAUUCUUCACCUUCCGGAUGAACUUCCAACUUUUUCAAAUAUUUUUACAACUUUUAGUGUCGAUGAAUUUAAAUACAUGCGAAUUAGUGCUCAAAUUCAUACGCUUGACGAAAGUCUCAAAGAAUACCCGCCUGAUCAUAGAAAAUGUUUUUUUAAGGACGAAAAGCAUCUCAUGUUCCUCAAAUCUUACACAAAACUCAACUGCGAACUUGAAUGCAUGACAAACUUUACGUAUAAAACUUGUGGAUGUGUAGCUUUUUGGAUGCCGAGGUCUGAUAGCAUGAAUGUCUGUAAAUUUAAGCAAAUUGAAUGCUUUACAAAUAUUUACUACAAAUGGGCAAGCAGUUACUAUGCAGAUGACAUAAAUAAACAAAAUUAUCCCGAGUUUCCAUGCAACUGCUAUCCAACAUGCAAGAAGAUCAAGUACACAAUUAUAAAUGAUUUUUCAAUGAAACGUGAACAAGAAGAAUUUAUUGAACUUGAAGCAUGCAAGAGUAAGGAUGAAGUCGUAUCCAUCAAAAAAUGUGAAGUUGAUGAAAUUUACUUAACAUUAAAGGCUGAUGUUAAGCUUCCAAUAACUAAGGCUUUGAUGAACCUUAGCAUUGGGAUCAUGAAAGACAACAAAAUCAUUCAAACUCUUGCAUUAGACAUCUUUGACUGGUGUGGAAUAAUCGAUAAAAAUGGAAGAAUUCCAACAAAGCCUGGAUGGAAGAUGAUCAUGAAAGGAUUUGGAAAAUAUUUUAGAAAUUACAUGCACUGUCCGAUCAAAAGAAAUGUUGACUUUAACAAGAUCUUUGCAGAUCCAAAAAUGUUGCUUUUUGCACCACCGGGAAGAGCCAAAUUCAGAGCUUUAGUUGAGCUUUUUGUCCACAUGCUCAAAUCAGUCAUGAACAUUUUAGUUCUAUUUAUUGUUAUAUGUUCAGCUAUAAUCUGUACAGAAUGUGCAAAAACUUACAGAUUCGUUUCACUUAAGUCCUGUAAAACUGACGAUAAAGUGAUUGUUGAAAUCACAAAAUGUGAAAUUGAUGGAAUGUAUUUAACAUUAAAUAUCCACAUUAAAGUUCCGCUUACAAAAAUAGUCAUUGAUAUUAAGCUAGAGCUUAGAAACAACGAUAAUAAAAUCAUUUUUAAGGACACAUUGGCAACUUUUGACUGGUGUGGAUUAUUUGGAAGAAAAGGAAAAGUUCCAACAUCAGCUGCCUGGAAGGUUAUCAUGAAAGGUUAUGGAAAAUAUUUGAAAGAUUACAUGAACUGCCCAUUAAAAAAGAAUUUCACACUUAAUCGUGUCCAUGGAGAUUCAAAAAUGAUGCUUUUUGUACCAAAUGGAAAAGCAUCUUUGGAAAUUUUGAUAAAUGCUGUUGGCAAUAAUGGACAAAAAGAACUUGUCAAUGUUACACUUAGUGCUGAAAUUUUUGAUGUUUGA